AUGUUUAGUAUUUGUCGGUUCUGCUUGGGCCAAGACGACGCAUAUUUAAUUCCUCUGAAAAGUUUAUCCGAGUUUGCAGUUAGCAUGCAGGAUUUGUUGCUAUGUACCGGUAUUCAGAUAAACGAUGACCUCAUACCAUCGUACGCCAUGUGCCUGGAGUGUACGAACAAACUGAAAAUCGCAUCCACCUUCCGACAAACCUGCUUAAGCAAUGAUGCUCUUUUCCACGAACUUUGCGCUAUGCUAGUUGCUAGCGCGGAAGCUACACGUGAAGAGACGGUAGAAUACUUGGAGAGUGAAAUUGCGGGCGAGGCCACGACAUGUCACGACGAAUUCAAAGUAGAACCCGUUGAAUGUGGGCCCAGCGAAACGGAUUGUGAUACAAACAGUUUGCAAGAGAUCUUGUACGAGGAAGAGUACAUCCAGGAGUAUCUGGAAGACAUAAGCACAAACAGUAGUACCGCAGAGGCCCUGAACGACGACACCUUUUCGUACUCUGCUAACUACAUACGCGCCGGCGAAUCCUUGUCCGAUGACGACGAACAGGAACCCGAUAAUGUUUACAAGAACAUAAGACCACCACACUUCAUUAAACGCAAAGGUGAUAUUCCAAUGGUUGGUGUAAUCUGCAGCGAAAUUACCAAUUCGACCAUGCGGGACGAUAGCUGGUUUGAAAACGAUCGUCCAUCCGGGCAACGAAAACUACAUCUUUGCGACAAGUGUGGUUUAAAGACGCAACAUCUUAAAUCUCAUCUGGUCAACCAUCAAGAGGAUUGUGCGGAAGCAUGUCCCCACUGUCCGAAAAAAUUUAAACAGAAAAACAGCUUAGCAUCGCACAUCAAAACCGUACACAUGAAGAUGAUUGGGAAAACGUGUACCAUAUGCGGGAAGGGCUUCAUCCAUCACAAAACGUACCGAUAUCAUAUGCUUACACAUCAGAGUGAAGGAAAAAGCUUCGAAUGCAAGCCAUGUUCCAAGACGUUCGUAAACGAAGUGUAUUUAAGAGACCAUUUCAAUAGACUGCACAAUCUUGCCCGAAAUGAAUUAUGUGGCAGGAAAAGACAUACAGAGCAACAAUAA